UAAUAUAGGAUGAGCUAAUAGAGCUAUGCAAGUGGAGCAUUGCAUCUCGCUGACGAGUGAAAUCUCAAAGAAAUUUAUGAAUGUGGGCAGUGGCUUUGCGAGCUCCAAUGGAUCAGAGGAGCUCUCGUUGCAGGACCAUCCUAUUAUAUCUGCAAGUGACAACCUGGAGAGAAGUUCACCUCUGAAAAAAAACUCCAGGGAGAUGACGAAUCAGUCAGAGGCAGACAAUUUCCCCGACUCCAAGGACGCGUCGGGGGACGUCCAGAGGGGCAAACUCUCUCCUGAUCUCCACGGAGUCUCUGACAUCCGUCAUAAUUUCGAUGGAUCUGCAGGAGAAAGGUGCAUCUUUUCUCCGUCCGCCCAGCCGCCGUCAGUCUCCGCUGCUCCCACUGCCAUGUUUCCGUACCCGAGCCAGCAUGGACCGGCGCACCCCGCUUUCUCCAUCGGGAGUCCCAGCCGCUAUAUGGCCCAUCAUCCGGUCAUAGCUAACGGAGCGUACAACAGCCUUUUAACCAACACGUCUCCGCAAGGCUACCCGACUGCGGGGUACCCUUACGCGCAACAGUAUGGACACACUUACCAAGGGGGAGCUUUUUACCAGUUCUCUUCGGCGCAGGCGGGACUAGUACCGGGGAAGGCGCAGGUGUAUCUGUGCAACAGGGCCCUGUGGCUGAAGUUUCACAGGCACCAGACAGAGAUGAUCAUAACAAAACAGGGACGACGAAUGUUUCCCUUUUUAAGCUUCAACAUUUCUGGCCUCGACCCAACCGCUCACUACAAUAUAUUUGUGGAUGUAAUACUCGCUGAUCCGAAUCACUGGCGAUUCCAAGGAGGAAAGUGGGUGCCGUGUGGGAAAGCGGACACAAACGUUAUAGGAAACAGAGUUUACAUGCACCCGGAUUCACCAAACACCGGCGCGCACUGGAUGCGUCAGGAAAUCUCGUUUGGAAAGCUAAAGCUCACCAACAACAAAGGUGCCUCCAACAACACAGGCCAGAUGGUGGUCCUCCAGUCGCUCCACAAGUACCAGCCCAGGCUCCAUGUGGUGGAAGUGAACGAAGAUGGGACAGAGGACACCAGCCAGCCGGGAAGAGUCCAGACUUUCACCUUCACGGAGACGCAGUUCAUCGCCGUCACCGCUUACCAGAACACUGACAUUACGCAACUGAAAAUCGACCACAAUCCGUUUGCCAAAGGAUUUCGGGACAAUUAUGACACUGUAUACACAGGCUGCGACAUUGACCGCCUAACUCCAUCACCGGGUGACUCUCCGCGCUCACAGAUCGUGCCGGGUGCGAGAUACGCCAUGCCCAGCUCCUUCCUGCAGGACCAAUUUGUCAGCACUUAUGCCAAAUCUCGCUUUCACCCUGGCGUGGGGACUGGUCCUGGCACGGAGCGCAGCGUCCCACUCGGCAACAGCUUGCUGUCCCCGCAGCAAAGCGAGGAGCCCACUGUUGCCACCCCCCCGCAGCGUUGGUUUGUCACCCCUGCCAACAACCGACUGGACUUUGCCGCCUCGGCAUACGACGCCGCCGAUUUCGCCGGUAACGCGGCCACCUUGCUGUCCUACGCAGCGGCCGGAGUAAAGGCUCUCCCCCUCCCGACAGCGGGCUGCUCCAAUCGGCCUCUUGGCUAUUACGCAGACCCGUCUGGCUGGGGAGGACGCACGCCACCGCAGUACUGCGGCGUAAACAGUAAAUCCAGCUCGGUCUUUUCCUGCUGGCCGACCAACUCCCUUGGAGGCAGGGCGGGCACCAACUACCUGUCGGAGGAGGGAGACUCCAUCGCGACCGAGAGGUCACCGAUCGGUGGCUCGGAAGAGACCAAACCCAAAGACAUCACAUCAGAGUCCAGCUGGAUAGAGACGCCGUCGUCGAUAAAGUCGAUUGAUUCCAGCGAUUCUGGGAUCUUUGAACAAGCCAAAAGAAGACGGAUCUCCCCCUCUGCCACCCCGGUCUCAGAGACAGUGUCCCCGUUAAAAUCCGAGCUGCUGGCACCGAGAGAGUGCGAGAAGAACUGUACAAAGGACAUUGGUUACUACAGUUUUUAUCCUCACAGUUAGAACAAAUCUAUCUAUCUAUCUAUCUAUCUAUCUAUCUAUCUAUCUAUCUAUCUAUCUAUCUAUCUAUCUAUCUAUCUAUCUAUCUAUCUAUCUAUCUAUCUAUC